UGUUUGGGAGAUCGUAUCGGGAGGGAAAGGAUAUUUACGCUCACGUGCAUUAGACCAGACUUUCUCUCUCACAAAUAGUUUACGUAAACCGCUGCACUGUUUGAGAGGUCGGUAUUUGUGUAUUGGGAUCGAGCCAGACAGAGUAUAAUCAUCAUCAUGGAUUCAAAUAACUUGUGGAAGAUGCUAGUGGGUGUGGCUUUCUCUCUGAUGGUGGUUGGAGCACAGGAUCAGAUUGAGAGUGUAAUUAGACUUAACAAUACACUCUGCCCGCAAAACGCCGUGUGUGCCAAUGUCUUCAGAUAUGAUGAACCAGUAGGGCCCUAUGUGGCGCGCAGCAUCCUCCACUGUAAUUGCAACAACUUUGAUGAAAACGGAGGAUGCCCAUACCUAACGCCGAAUGAAGACAACUCCCUAUAUCAAUCACAAAGAAAUCGGGAAGUGAUCUGUGGGUCAGUAAGGACUAUGUCGGAGUGUAGAGAAGGGCAGAUAGCCAGGGAACGGAAAUCCGACCGAAAAGGAAGAAAUUAUUUCGUUGUGUAUUGUCGCUGUCCAGAACAUACCCGACCAUAUAAUUUGGUAAACAGGUUGAAGGCAACUGUAUCGUUGAGAAUGUUCAAAACCCAAUACCGAUGUAACAUUCUUUAAUGUUUACAUCAGCGAAGGUGUAGUGUAUACGCAGUAUUUAUCCUAUAAACAAUGAACACGUGACCAGUGAUGAGAGAUGGAUUGUUGGCAUUUUUUCAGCUUAAUAAUUAGACAAGCUUCAAACUCGCGGUGUCUGUAUUGCCUACAAUGAACUGGAAGUGUUCGAAUAUGUAAUUUAUACCAUCAUAGUACCGUAUCGUGUUUUUCUCUGUAAAUAUGAUGUUGUUACAAAUUAAAAUGAUCUGAAUAUUA